UCGCCAAAUCCCUCCUCCCCUCUAAAACCCUGCCAAAGAUUUCUUUCACUCCCCACCUCCAAAACCCCUUUAAAUACAACACUUUCACCCCUACACCCAAAUGGAACAAACAUUCCUUUCAGAUUUCCACCAAUCCCUCCACAAAACCCAAUUAUCAAACUCAUCAUCUCUAAAACCGUUUUCAAUCGCCAAUUCCUUAAUUCUAAACCCAUCGACUUCCAUUCCCACUUUAUCUUCAAUCCUCCAAACCCUCACCCAAACCCUAAACCAAACACUCCCAAUUCAAUUCCACGUCAUCAUCAUCUCCCUCCUUUCCCGUCUCUCCAUCACCCACCCCAAUUUCACAUCCUCCAUCACCACCACACUCAACUCUCUCCUCACGCGCCCCACUCUCUCCCCACGCGCCACUUCACUCGCACUUUCAACCCUCGUCUCAUUAACCGACAAACCUGAGAUUCUCGAUAUGUCGGAAGGAGUGUUUCUGAGCUUGUGUUUUGGUUCUAGUGUGUCUGUAAGGCAUAAAAUGAUGUUAAAUGUUGAGAAAUUCGGUGUUAGACCAUCGGUUUUGGUUACGGUUUUGUUAGGGUUUAGUAAGGAUCCGUUUCCGUAUGUUAGGAAAGCCGCGUUGGACGGUUUGGUUUGGUUGUGUAAAUGUAGACGUGUAGUUGAUUUCCGUUUGGUUGAAUCGUGUUAUUUGCGAGGUGUCGAGUUGUUGUUUGAUUCAGAAGAAUGUGUUAGAUGCUCGGCCGUUAAAAUGGUAUGUGAAUGGGGGAUGCUUAUUGCGGAGAUUAGUAAGGAUGAAAGUAAAAAAGAUUGGUUAGAUUCGUUGUAUUUACAGGUAUGUGAAUGGGGGAAAUUUCUUGUCACAAAUAGCGAGGAUAAAAGUAAAAGAGUUUGGUCAGAUGCAGUGUAUGUUCAGCUUUGCUUAAUGGUGAGGGACAUGAGUGUGAAUGUUAGAAUUGAAGCUUUUAAGGCCCUUGGUAGGGUAGGAAUGGCUUCUAAGUAUGUUCUGAUGCAAACUCUCUUCAAGAGAUUCGAAAAUAAGCUUGUUGAGCAGCUGAAAGGAAAGCAUUUCAAUUUGCAAGCAUCAAGUGCUGCUGGAGCUUUUGUACAUGGGCUGGAGGAUGAAUUUUAUGAGGUACGAAGUGCUGCAUGUAAUUCCUUGAGGAUGCCUGCCAUUCUUUCUGCUGAGCUUGCUGCUAGAUCCUUAGGUUUAUUGAUGGAUGUGCUGAAUGAUGAUUCAACCAUUGUCAGAUUACAAGCUCUGGAAACAAUGCAUCACAUGGCAGCUUUUGGCCAUCUAAAAGUGCAAGAAGUGCACUUGCACAUGUUUCUUGGCACUCUAAAUGACAUGAAUUCAUCUGUGAGAUCUACAGCGAGGAAAGUUCUUCGUUUAACCAAGCUCCAUGACCUGCCUAUGUUUAGACUAGUUGUUGACAGCAUAAUACAGAGUCUAGAAAUAUAUCCACAGGAUGAGCCAGAUGUCCUCUCUCUUUUGUUUGAAAUUGGCCGAAGUCAUGGAGGUUUUGCUGUCAACAUCAUUAAUGAAAUCUUUUUAGAGAUGGAUCCAUCUUCAGAAAGUGACUGGGAAUUCAAUAGCUCAAAAACUGCUGCACGCCUUGCAUUAGCCAUCUCUGCUCCCCUCUCCCAUGGAACACGACAACAUUUGUACAGCAUACCAUCAACAAUAUUUUCGUAUGCUGUUACCAUGCUUGGAAGAAUUUCUAAUGCCUUGAAUGAAGUGAUGAACCAGGAGACACUUUUAGCUUAUUUGUCACAUUGUAGUAGAUCAACUAUACCCAACUCCACAUUACCUGACUCUAUGCAUGAUAAGAUAGUUGAAGAUGAUGUGUGUACAGAGAUGGACAAUCAAAUCACACUUUUUCAUGUAGCUGACCAGCAUGAAGUGCAUGAUGAAGAAUAUAGUUAUGUGAAGUUUGUGCUUGCUAAUAUUGUAGAAAUUUGGCCUUUGUUAAAGAUGGGAUGCAUAAGUGAAGUGCUUAUGACAUUGAGGAGUUGGAAGGAAGAGCUAGCAACCUAUAUAACUGAUCCACACCAAACAGAUUCUGUUUUAACAUUUACUUUACAAUAUAUUCAUGUGGUGAAACUCCUUUCAAAAGCAUGGUGGCAUGUAGUGCUUCCAAGAGAUGUACAUAACAAGGUCGGGGACAUGGGCUAUAUUAUGCAGAAAUUAGAGAGGAGACUAGGAGAAUUAAGAUAUCGUUUCAUCGGGUUGAGUAAAGAAGAGGAGUUGCAUAUUGAGGAGCUGACACUUGUCGCUUGUACUAUGAGACUAUCAUUUUCUGAUUUUCGCUUACAUGAAUCUGCUCUAAAGAAAUUGUCCAUUUACAAUGAAACAUCAAUAGACACUUCUAAAUUCAAGAUUGAAGUAAUGUCAGCAAUGCAGAAAAAUGACAGUGACACAUAUCGUUUUAGGGAAUCGCUUGAGUUCUUCUCCUUAAAGCCACUUAUAUUAGGUGGCAACAUGAAAUACAUGAAGGCAGAAGUGGAUAUUGGGGUUAAUGACUGGUCAACUCCCCUUCAUUUUGUGCCUGGAUUACCUGUUGGGAUACGAUUGAAGAUCAGGCUACAUAAUACGCCUAUUGACACCAAGUUGUGGUUAGUCAUGACGCUGUCAAAGGACUUGAUCCAGUAUGUGUUCAUUGAUUUGAAACAGUUUGAAGGUUCUGAUAAGAUUAGAGAGUUUACAUUCAUUCCCCCCUUCUACAGAACUGCCAAAGUUAGUUCUUGUAUAUUGAGAGUGUCUAUAGGCAUGGAGUGCUGUUCUGAGGUGUUUUGUUCUUUUAGAGGCCAUGGUGGGCCAAAUCAUGAGAUUGUUUACCUUUGCAAGGAAAAAGAAGUGUUUCUCUCUAUGGUGGUUAAAAAAUCUUAGUGUCAAACCUUUUCUCAAAGGGUAAAAUGUUUCAUGUUAUAUUAUUGCUGCGAUUGGGAGGUGAAUAUUGAUGGAAAUGCUCGUCUUACAGAAUCUUCAUAUGGAGGCAAUUUUGAACCAUUUACUUACUAAAUGGGCUGACCGGGUUAUGGUUUAUUCCAAUACCUAUUUAUUUUAGCUCAUCCUUUAAUUGGGUCUUCGGGUUUGAGGUCUCCAUAACGCAUUUUUGAUUCUUACCAGAGAUAGCCUCCCUGUAACCGUUUUAUAAUUUUGACAAUCAUGUUAAAUCACCUUAAAUAUAAGUUGAGACAGAAAGCGUAUGCGAGGGCAACAAGCUCAACCCAUACUAAAAACAACCCGUUCAACCCAACGACGCUUUCCACUGCCUAGCUUGCACGUCCCAUUCUUUUUUUCCAAUAUAGUUUGCAUAAAUGACAGGAUAAAGAGGGAGAGAGUGGACAGGGGCGUCUACUUAUUUAUGAAUGAGAAAUCACUUCCAUUUGCUUGGUCAAUUCUGUUGCAAGUGGAGGGACAUGUUUUACGUUGGUUCCGUUACAAAUGCUAUCUUUGCCCGCUGGUAUAUUUUCUCUCCUCAAACUCAAUCAGGGAGAUCUUAG